AAGCGGAGUUCACGAACACCAUCUUAUCGACUUUUACUUUGAAAUCGGCGAAGCUCGUUUGGGUUUCGGGGCUGGCUGUAGUGGCAACACUACCGAGUAGUACUGGUGCGUCUCCGGCUCCGUCCAACCCGCAGACAUGAAGCUCCGGUGGAUCGGCUCCGUGCUGCUCUCGGCGGUCGCCUACUACGUCUACCUCCCGCUGCCCAGCGGCGUGAGUGAGCCGUGGAAGCUGAUGCUGCUGGAUGCCUUGUUCCGGAGCUGCAUGCAUGUGGGUGACGUGGCUCACGCGCUGGGCGUGUGUCAUCGCGUCAGCCUCAUCAACCAGGUGGUGUCGUGGGUGGAGGUGAUCGGGCCGCGCUCCUGCCCCGCGGUGGACGUCAGCGACAUUCUCCUCGGGGGCGUGCCAACCCGUGUCUUCCGGCCAAUCGGCGGACAGAAGCUGAAGAGGGGCGUGGUCUACUUCCACGGCGGGGGCUGGGCCCUGGCCAGCGGGCGGAUGCGAUCCUACGACCUUCUGUCUAGGAAGAUGGCCGAGGAUCUCGACGCGGUCAUCAUGUCAGUGGAUUACCGCCUGGCCCCGGAGGUGGUGUUCCCGGGGCAGUACGAGGACGCCAUGGCGGCGUCCAGGGCCUUCCUGUCGGCGGGGGUCCGGGAGCGCUACGGACUGGACCCCCAGAGGCUCUGCGUGUCGGGGGACAGCGCGGGGGGGAACCUAGCCGCCGCCGUGGCCCAAGAGCUGGCUCUGGACUCCAGCCUGGAGGUCCGCUUCAAGGCCCAGGCGCUGGUCUACCCGGUCCUCCAGGCCCUCGACUUCCACACGGCGUCCUACCAGCAGAACCACGACGUGCCCAUCCUGUACCGGCCCGUCAUGGCCCGCUUCUGGCUGCAGUACCUGGGUGCCGACCCCGCCUUGGAGCCCCUACUGCUGGCCAACAACCACAGCUCCCUGGACCAGGCCGGCCUCCCUGCCGCGCACCGGUCCAAACUGGACUGGACCGCCCUGCUCCCCGCCGGCCGCAGGAAGCACUACCGGCCGGUCGUCAGGGCGACGGGCUCGCCGGGCGUGGUCGACGCGGUGCCCGCGCUGACGGACGUGCGGGCCGCGCCGCUGCUGGCGGAGCGCGGGGUCCUGGCCAGGACGCCGCGGCGGGCGUACGUGAUGACGUGCGAGUUCGACGUGCUGCGGGACGACGGGCUGAUGUACGCGCGGCGGCUGCGGGACGCCGGCGUGGAGGUGACCGGCGACCACUACGAGGACGGCUUCCACGGCUGCAUGGUGUUCGCCUACCCCCCCGUGAGCUCCUCCGUGGGCCGCCGCAGCAUGGACAACUACAUCCGCUGGCUGGACCAGAACCUCUAGGGGGGGGCCGGGGGGCCGGGGGGCCGGGGGGGGGCGGGCGCACGGUGGCACCAGGGGUCCGGAACCGAUUCUAUCCAGUGUGUUCCGGAUGCAGGAGGGAGCUCGAGUGGAACGCUUGACGACGAAGAAUGUUCUAGGCAAUGUGUUCUAGAGGCGAGCCGACGGACAGAACCACUCGAUAGAAGCACAGAGUGUUCUAGAAAGAGUUAUUCUAGACGCGACCAAAACCCCUCAACGACCAAUAGAACCACUCGAUGGAACCACAUACUGUUCUAGAAAUAUAUAUUUGAGAGGCCACAAGAACCCCUCAACGACCAAUAGAACCAGCCAAUUCCCGAACCGGAACGACAAUUAAUGUUCUAGAAAACGUGUUCUAGAGUCGAGCAGAACCGCUAGCUAACCAAUAGAACCACUCGAUAGAACCACAAAAUGAUCUAGAAAACUUAUUCUAGACGCGACCAAAACCCCUGGACGACCAAUAGAAGAACUUGUGCAACCACAUACUGUUCUAGAAAAUAUAUUUUAGAUGAGAGACGACCAAUGGAACCACUCGACAGAGCCACAGAAUGUUCUACAAAAUAUAUUCUUGAUACGACCCGGACCCCGAGCGGACCAAUCAGAAACACACGAUGGAACCGUGCGUGUCGAUGCAGAACUUUCUAGAAUCCCGGUAGGUCCGGAAGCUACAAGAGCGUCGUCUCCCGUCGCCUCCCCCAGCAGGAGAGACCGGGGAAGGGACUGGAAGCGUACGAGGAGCGAAGUGAGGCCAUGAGGAGCAGGAGGAGGUGAUCCGUGGGCCGGAGGGGUCGGGCUUCACCCUAUGGGGUCUCGUCCGGACCCCCACCCUGCCCCAGACACCUCCAGGGACUGUUAUUGGAAGCACUUGGCCGGGGGGUGAUGAGGCUCUCAGCAGGGACACGACUGACUGCACACGGGGGUCUGGACUGAACGGGAACACGUUUGAUUCUCUCGUGUUGAUUUCAGAUUCAUGCUGACAAUCGCUGUUGUUGUUUUUCUGGGAAUUCUCGAAAAAGAUUCAGAGUCGCGCUAUGCAAAUACAAAAAUGACCACUUAUACAACCAAAACAAUGCUGCCAAAAUAUAUCAUAUCAAGGAAAUGCUGUAUAUAUCGAUCUAUAAAACCACUAAAUGAGUCGCUGAGUCCGGUUUAAACCAGCUUUGUGCUUUUGGAUUGAACCCCUAGCACUGAAACGUCCCAAAGUACCAAGAGUUAAACUAAAAUACAUCAUAUACUACCUAUAAACGUACUACCUAUACUGUCCGAGCAGACCUAGCCUGCUAACACGCUAACACAGACCAUACCACGACCCGUCGUGGCGUAUGCGGGGAAUGCGUGUGUGGGGGUUGAGUUAAAGAGCAAGUGAGUAAAUGAGAUAGUGGGUGAGUGAGUAAGUGUGCACGAGAGAGCGAGCGAGAGAAAAAAGUGUGUGUAUGUCUGUGUGUGUGUUUUUGAUACAAAGAAAGCAAGGCCGAGUCUGCGGCUGUGAGGUUGGGGAGAACACAUUAGAGCUUAUAUUACACACACACACACACACACACACACACCACCCCCCCCCCCCCCCCUUGGAGACCACUGUUUUGUUUUUGCACAGCAGACCCGCUGGCCGGGGGGUCGAUGACCUCACAUCGCCGCGGCAACCAUGAGCCAGAUCCGCCCCCUCACUCUUCCUCUUCGUCCUCAUUACCAAUAAUUAGAACGAUAGGAUCUAUUAUACGUAGAAGAUUAGUUGGACAUCGAGCUUGAAUGAAAACAACAAGCCGCAUUCCUCAACCCCCCCUCCCGAAAGGAAAUAAUCUUUUUUCAGCCUUUAAAAUUGAGCUUUUUCUGGGGGGGUGGGGGGAGAGUUUCCUCUUGAGUGAAAAGCAGGAAUUCAGACUACAUCUCCCAGAGGUCAUUGGGUGUUUGGCUGCAGAAGCAGAGUUCAAGGGGAGACCCAGAUACAAGGCUAGGGGCAGCGGUUCAGAGCCAGGGGCUGUUGGGUUUGUGUACCGCGUUGUGUAGCAGAGCUAAGAGUGAACCAUCAACCUCUCGCACAAACAGAACAACUCUGCACCGGGUGAAGAGAUUAUCUUACUUUAAUCUGUAUUACAGUAUUAGCUGUAUUUUGUAUGAUUUCAGAGGGUCUCACAUUGGUGGAGGGGGAGCACAUUGAUUCAAAGAACCAACAGCGUUGAAAGAUGUUUGUUGAUACUAUAUUUGCGGAUAUUAAUAAUCAUAAAUCAUAACUGACUGUGAUUUGGGAUUCUAGGUUCAGUCAGGAUGACUGACGGUGAUGAUCAUAAGCUUUUAUUUAUAAACAUACAUGCUGUAAGCAAACGGAAAUUGAUGUAAAACAUGGCAAUAAAUCUAUGUUUUUUUGCGGUUAGUAUGUUUGAUUUGUCACAACUGCUAUUAAUGGAAAUAAUCUGUGGUAUUCAGGAUGCUUGAAUGUAUUUGAGUGAUCUGUUUAAAUAAUGUAUUUCUGUAAUUAAGAGUAGAGAUUUGUCAAGAUGAAAUUGUAUUUUGUGAAUAAUUUAUGACAAUAUUUUUAAUGGAUAUAUUAUAGAACAGUUUUUAUUGCAAUGUUCUUUAUUACCCUGAUAUAGAGGGCUUAUUACUUUCCACAUUAUAUAAAAUAAGAAACUGUAUUUUUUCCCUGGGGAUUAUUAUUUUUCUGGGUAUAAUAAAAAUUAUUCUCUUUUAUCAAACCAAACAAAUAAA